CCCAGCUCUGGAUGCUCAAGCCUCAAGUGAGAGGAGCUCUGCCCUUUGGGGCCCCGACAUUCCAACCUGGAACUCUGAGACAGUGGGACCUUGGAAACCAGGGGGUACUAGGCAUUCCAGGUGUGGUCUGGACAAGGGAUGAGGAGGGCGGGGGCCCAGGCCUUCUAUGGAGAGUUACCUCAGCACCCACUGCAAGGCUGCCAGCAUUGUUCCCACCAAGAAGGCCACCAGCAGCCUUCUCAAAGACAGGAAGACAGCCAGCAGUACAGAGAUGGUGUGUUCCCUGGGGUCAGAGCUGCUGCACUACUGGAUCUACCUCUUGAGGUCAAGCUGCCCGUGAUCCCUGGGAGCAAUAAUUUAUACUAUACGACGAAGUUAAAUAAAAAGCUUUUUCAACCUUCUUAUGGUUUUAAUCUGACUGAUCCUUAUUGUCGACUUUUGGACAACCAAUAUAAUAGUCUCCAUGAUCCACAUUUAAGAGCAUACCAUUCACGUGAAGAUAUCCGGAGGAGAUUAAGGAAAGGAGGCUACAUCACCCGAAAUAAUGAAGUUGUAUGUAACUUGAAGGAGUUUAACCAGUACAGGCAAUAUCUUACAAGUCUGAAAUUAGACUUCGAAAAGCACUACUUAAAAGAACAAGAAAUGCUUGCAAAACAAAUAAAUAAAUUUCAAGUCAACAAUCAACUACCUAGACUUGCUGGUGGUGCACAGUCACAAAACUGGUUUUUAUGGGAGGACGUCCAAUCUUUUAAGGACCAGGAGCCAUUAAUAAGGCCCAGAUAUUUGGAUAUGAUAAGUAGGAAAUUAGACCACCGUGAGCACACAGCAGAAGAGCAGCGCCUCCUCUGGAUGGAAAGAGAAGAAAAACGACAGUGGGAACAAACAAGAAGAAAACUUAACCUUCUUAGAAAAUUUGAAGAGGAAUGGAAGACAAAAGAGACGUUGCUUCUGACAGAGACUGUAAAAGGUGUUAACAGAGAAGCUGGGCUAGAGGAACAACUGCACAAAAACAAAAGAGAGAGUGACAAACAGAAAAAAGUCUUUUUAGAGAACAAAAUGGCUUAUAAUUUACCAAAAAAGCAAGGAAAUGGAUUCAUAAGAAAAGACAUGGGAAAAAAUACACGUGACUACAGAGGACAUGAUGGAACACAGUGUGAGUGCAAGAGCUUUAAAAGUUGAGGUGGUUCUGUAGAAAGCA